AGCGUUCUUAACAACCUCCCCAGGAGAGGGGGCCGGCAGAGGCCGCCGCCCGGAGGAGCUCCCGGAUCGCGAGGAACUUGGGGGAAAGUGGGGAAGGCCUGAUGGCCCGAGUCCCAGGGCCACCUGAGAACUGGCGCCAACCGGGGUUCGAGUCCCCAGCUGGGCGAGGAGGGACUAACCCUCUCUCACGUCUCCACAAAAAGCGCUUCGUGAGAGUGUUAACCGUUUUCGCACCUGAAAACCGUCAAGGAAACACGUCCUGGAAAACCACGCCAGGAGGGCGCUUGUCUCAAGAGUAAAUAAGCCCCAAACCCGGGGGGGAGGAGGGGGGGGUUCAAAACCCCCAGGGAGGAGGGCGGAGGACCCAUUCGCGUCAGCCGCAAGCGGGAAGAACCCAAGGCAGGAAGCCUCGCGAGAUCUAAGAUCGGGAUCUCGCUGCGUUGCCUAGCGACAGGGAGGACGCUCGCAGGCCCCCAGGCUAACCCCCGCUAGUAGCCUUAAAUCUCCUACCAUGGGGGAAGAAGGCGGCGGCCGCAGCUGUGGGACCACUAGGGAGCUGCAGAAGCUGAAGCAGCAGGCGAUGGAGUAUUACCGCGAGAACGACGUUCCGCGCAGGCUGGAAGAGCUGCUCAACUCCACCUUCUACCUCCAGCCUGCCGACGUCUACGGGCACCUGGCAAACUGCUUUUCUAAACUUGCAAAACCUCCCACCAUAUGCAAGGUCGUGGGGAAAAAUGUGCUGGAUGGACUUGGGCUUCCAACCCUCCAAGUGGAAAUAUUCUGCACCAUUCAAAAUUUUCCCAAGAACAUAUGUUCUGUGGUGAUCUCAACUCACUUUGAAGUCCAUGAGAAUGCUUCACGUGAGCUAGUUGAAGCCGAGGAAUUAGAAAGGUUGGAUGCUGUCAGCACCGCAGUGCAGUGGGUCAACGAAACCAUCACUGAGGAGCUCCAGGGCCUAGUGCCCUCCGACCAGGCUGAGGUGGAUCAGGUGCUCAGGACAUUCUUUGAAAAUAAAGUACAAGAAAAUAAGGAGAGAAAAGAAUUGGAAAAGAACCUAGAAGACUCAACAGUGCUUUCACCCCAGCCACCCCCACCCCCACCUCCAUCCAAGAAAAAAGGACAAAAGCAAGGAAGGAUGGAGACUGCUGCAGAAAAACCAAUUAUACCUGCAGAACCUCCUGAGCCUGUCCUCUGUGGCAGCAUGGCCAUAGGGGCUGUGUCACUGGCUGUUGCCAAAACCAGUGCCGUGCUGGACAAUAAUCCUCUCUACCUGAACAUUGCAUUAUUGAAGCACCACCAGGAACAGCCAGAAAAGCUAACUAUACCUCUUCUGAUGGUGUCGCUGGUCAGCUGUGGGAAGUCAUCACCUGGGAAGCUGAAUUUGAUGAAAGAAGUGAUCUGUAUACCCCAUCCUGGAUUAACAGCUAAACAAGGUGUGGAGAUGCUUCUGGAAAUUCAGAAACACAUCAACAAAGCAGUUGAAAUGUCACCCCCUCCAAAGCCAGAGAUGAGAAAAAGUCAUGAUGGAGGCAAAAGAGGCCAACAGCAGAUCACCGGCAAGAUCUCCCAUCUUGGCUGUUUAACCAUUAAUUACGACACUAUAGAGCAGCCACUGCUCCUAAUACAAGGAAUCUGUGCAAACCUGGGGCUAGAAUUGGGAACAGACCUGCAUCUAGCCAUCAACUGUGCUGCACAUGAGCUGAUGGACUAUAGUAAAGGAAAAUAUGAAGUGAUGAUGGGGACCUACAAAAAUGCAGCUGAGAUGGUUGACCUGUAUGUGGAUCUGAUCAACAAGUUCCCUUCAAUUACUGCCUUAAUUGACCCUUUCAGGAAGGAGGACUCUGAACAGUGGGACAGCAUCUAUAAUGCUCUUGGUUCCAGGUGUUACAUAAUUGCAGGCACUGCAUCCAAAAGCAUCUCUAAACUGCUGGAGGAGGGCAACAUCAGCAUCCUCAAAUACAGCGGGCUGAUCAUAAAACACACAAACCAAACCACCAUGUCGGACCUGGUGGAAAUAACAAACCUCAUCGACGGUAAGAAGCACAUCGCUGUCUUUGGAACCACAGAAGGAGAGUCGUCUGAUGACAGCCUUGUCGAUUUGGCUGUUGGACUUGGUGUCCGGUUUAUCAAGUUGGGAGGUCUUUCUCGUGGCGAACGGGUGACUAAGUACAACCGCCUCUUUACUAUAGAGGAAGAACUUGGCCAGAAUGGAACACUGGGCUUCAAUGAAGAACACACAUUUUUCAACUGGAAUGAGGAAGCGGAAAAGGCUGGUGAGCUGCCCGAGGUCCCUGAGCCCAUCUUCCCCACACAAGUUGCAGAGGAACUUGCCAAACUUUGAGCGUCUGCCCACCAGGGUUGCACGCACCCCAGCUGCCAGCCACACCGCUCAGACUAUUACACUGAUAGACCUGGAGGAUAGCUUCAUUCUGCUUUUGCUCCAAAAACUUCACUAAUUUGUGUGCUUUUUCUUCCUUUACAUUCACUGUUCGGUGAAAAACAGAGUAUUUUGCCGGAAAUUAUACCUGCGAACCUGUC